UUGGGCGCCCCACGGAGCUCGCCGAUUCCCUUGUUCCGAGGCCAGUGGGGGCUACUCCGCAGAUCCCCGGAGAGGGAAGGGGCGGCCGAACCCUUGCGCGCGCAUCAGACGCGCUUUUAGAUGGGCCGGGCCGAACACGCCUGCUCUGCCCGUGGGCACCUAAUCUUGAAGGGAGACGAGUGAGGGGCAACCCAGACCGGGCCUCUGCCUUUGCCGAGUGUGAAUGGGUGAAUUUAAGGUCCAUCGAGUACGUUUCUUUAAUUAUGUUCCAUCAGGGAUCCGCUGUGUGGCUUACAAUAACCAGUCAAACAGAUUGGCUGUUUCACGAACAGAUGGCACUGUGGAAAUUUAUAACUUGUCAGCAAACUACUUUCAGGAAAAAUUUUUCCCAGGUCAUGAGUCUCGGGCUACAGAAGCUCUGUGUUGGGCAAAAGGACAGCGACUCUUUAGUGCUGGACUCAAUGGAGAGAUCAUCGAGUAUGAUUUGCAAGCAUUAAACAUCAAAUAUGCUAUGGAUGCCUUUGGAGGACCCAUCUGGAGCAUGGCUGCCAGCCCAAGUGGCUCUCAACUUUUGGCUGGCUGUGAAGAUGGAUCUGUGAAACUAUUUCAGAUCACCCCCGACAAAAUCCAGUUUGAAAGAAAUUUUGAUCGGCAGAAAAGUCGCAUCCUGAGUCUCAGCUGGCGUCCUUCUGGUACCCACAUUGCAGCUGGCUCCAUAGACUACAUUAGUGUGUUUGAUGUCAAAUCAGGGAGUGCUAUUCAUAAGAUGCUUGUGGAUCGGCAGUAUAUGGGUGUGUCCAAGCGGAAGUGUAUCAUAUGGGGCGUGGCCUUCUUGUCUGAUGGCACUGUCAUAAGUGUAGACUCUGCUGGGAAGGUGCAGUUCUGGGACUCAGCUACCGGGACUCUGGUGAAGAACCAUCUCAUUGCAAAUGCUGACGUGCAGUCCAUUGCUGUAUCUGAUCAAGAAGACAGUUUCGUGGUGGGCACAGCCGAGGGGACAGUAUUCCAUUUUCAGCUGGUCUCUGUGACUUCCAACAGCAGUGAGAAGCAGUGGGUGCGGACAAAGCCAUUCCAGCAUCACACUCACGACGUGCGAGCCGUGGCCCACAGCCCAACAGCACUGAUAUCUGGAGGCACUGAUACCCACUUAGUUAUUCGUCCUCUCAUGGAGAAAGUGGAGGUAAAGAAUUAUGAUGCUGCUCUCCGAAAAAUCACUUUUCCCCAUCGACGUCUUAUUUCCUGUUCAAAAAAGAAGCAGCUUCUCCUCUUCCAGUUUGCUCAUCACUUGGAACUUUGGCAGCUGGGCUCUACAGUUGCAACAGGAAAGAAUGGGGAUACCCUUCCACUCUCUAAAGAUGCAGAUCAUUUACUGCACCUCAAGACAAAGGGUCCUGAGAACAUUAUUUGCAGCUGUAUCUCCCCAUGUGGAAGUUGGAUAGCCUAUUCUACAGCUUCUCGUUUUUUCCUCUAUCGGUUGAGUUAUGAACGUGACAACAUAAGCCUCCAAAGGGUUUCCAAAAUGCCAGCAUUCCUUCGCUCUGCCCUUCAGAUUUUGUUUUCUGAAGAUUCAGCAAAGCUCUUUGUGGCAUCCAAUCAAGGCUCUCUACAUAUCAUUCGGCUGUUGGAAGGAAGCUUCAAGCAUCUGCAUACUUUCCAGCCUCAGUCAGGGACAGUGGAGUCCAUGUGUCUUUUGGCAGUCAGUCCAGAUGGGAAUUGGCUGGCUGCAUCAGGCACCAGUGCUGGAGUCCACGUGUACAACGUGAAAAAUCUAAAGCUUCACUGCACAGUGCCUGCUUACAAUUUCCCUGUGACUGCUCUGGCCAUCGCCCCCAGUACCAACAACCUUGUCAUUGCUCAUUCUGACCAACAGGUCUUUGAGUACAGCAUCCCAGACAAACAGUAUACAGAGUGGAGCCGGACCAUCCAGAAGCAGGGGUUUCAUCACCUUUGGCUCCAAAGGGAUACUCCCAUCACACACAUCAGUUUUCAUCUCAAGAGACCAAUGCACAUCCUUCUUCACGAUGCCUACAUGUUCUGCAUCAUUGACAAGUCGUUGCCUCUUCCAAAUGACAAAACCUUACUCUACAAUCCACUUCCUCCCAAGAAUGAAUCAGAUGUCAUCAGAAGGCGCACAGCCCAUGCCUUUAAAAUUUCUAAAAUAUAUAAGCCUCUACUCUUCAUGGAUCUUUUGGAUGAAAGAACACUGGUGGCAGUAGAACGACCCCUGGAUGACAUCAUUGCUCAGCUCCCGCCACCCAUCAAAAAGAAGAAAUUUGGGACCUAAAACAGGGCACUGUCUGUGUCCUUCCUUGAACUGUCUACCCUGUUUGUCUUCACAAAUCAUGAUAAUAAACUUAUUCUUUAGGACUAGUCAUUAUGAAUGUUAUCUUCCAAAAUAAUGGACAGUAGUUUCCCUUCAUUGACUGAAAGUGAACAGAAACUCCAAGGUAUUUGUCGGGAUAAUGUUCCAAGUAGCUACAAAUUCAUCCAACUUUUUCAGACCACAGUUCUUUAGACCAUGAUCUCAGAGAAAAAAAAAAAGGUGAUAAUUACCCUCUAUUCUCUAACACAUGCCUGAGGCUUCAGAAGGCUGAUGACCUUCACUGUCUGCCACCCUCCGGCCUGCAGCCUGUGCAAAGUCGUGGAGACCUGCUCAACAUUGCCCUAGAGGGCAGAGGAAGUCUGCUUGCUUACUCAAGAUAGCCUAAGUACCAAUAGCGAUAAUCAGCCUUAUGUUUCAAGGAAGGGUUUUAACUGCAGUGCUCCAUCUGAAAAAUAGAAGCCUUUGGCCUUUAACAGUCAGCUGUUAAUUUUAUUUGAAGGGAAAAACAUAGGCUUUGGACUAUCAGUCCCAUUAACCAUCUUUUCACCUGUUAUAUAUGCCAGUUUCAAGGGUUAAGGAAACACUGGGCAGAGAUUUUGUUAAGGAAGAGGAGUGUGGCGGGGAAUCAGAGGCCUGCUGUAUAUUUCACCUUUUCUGUCCGCUUAUACUUGCUUUGGCGUUGUUAUUCCCAUGGGUCUUAUCUGCUGACUAGUUUUAAUGUGAUCUUUUAAAUUAGAAAGUGAAGAACUAUGGUUAACCUGAACUGAGCAGAUAGAUUUCUUUCCCAUCUCACUAGAUGUAUUCUGUUGCAUGCCUGUGGAAACCCAGUAUGUGUGGUUUGGUCGGUUGGUUGGUUGGUUUAGGGGAUGGAGGGCUGUGAUAUAGGCAGAGAAGUACGUGGGUUCUGAUGAUGUCAUGACUAAAGUGCUGGUGAAAAACAUUUUUGCUAAGAUGAACCCGACCUCCCAGUCUGGAAAGGGAAGAUAAAUGAGAGAAUUUAAGGUAUAUGUAUGAGAAGAAAAUUAGCAGAGGUAAUCAGAGAGAGAAACAGAGCCCAAUACUUUAUAACAUAACGGACAGCCUCUUUCAGGUUUGCUAAGAGGGAACAGAAACAAAGUUUAUAGUGGACAACACUUCUCUGCCCUUCCUGCUUAGGAUUUUACAGUGAUAGGAGUAAUUUAAACAAAUACCUGCAGCUUUUUAGGCCCUCUGUGUAAAGUAACUUUCCUUUCCUCUUACUUGGAUAAAUUUCCUUAGCGAGGCUUAUUCUAGUCUGCUUUAGUCUGGACUGUUAGAACCUUUCAGUAGACUGGAAGAUCCUGCCCUUCCUAAGAAAUGGCUUUAGGUCCUCUUUUGUGUGGUUGAAACCAAAGUUCAAGUCACUAGUCUACGUUGAGUAUCACCAGAAGAAGGCCAGGAUGCCUUAAAUAUUAACUCACUUGCUUUCACUGACUGUAGAGCUAUAAAUUCAGAGAAUCUUUAUUAACUGGAGUCUAGUUUGACUUGAUUUACUUAACCUUAAACAUAUUUCUGAAACCCUGUGGCUUGUGGAGGGUGUAAUUCUGACAGAGAGGGCUCACAGAUCAUCUGAGUGAAGAAGUAAAACUUCUGAAAGUGGAAAGCAUUCCUUUGCAACAUUUCCAGCCAGUGAUUUGGACUUCCAUAAAUGGUAUGGGAAGUAAGAGCUUUGGGCCUUGACAUUCUUCCUAAGUAGAGAACUUUGAAUACAAAUCAAGCAGAAACUGAUUGGGACAAGUCAGAGAAAUCGGGGGAAGGACUGCAAAGCAGCAUUAAAUAAGAGGACACUUCAGUGCAUGCGGUUCACAGUGCUCUUACUUUGGGGAUUUGUGUAACCUAGAUGCAUCAUGUUUCUGUUUCGGGCACAUUUCAGACUGCUGCUCAUACUUGGGUUCUAUGGAAAAAUUUAGAUCUGAGACCAACCUAGGAAAGGUCUUUUUUGCUGACCUCACUCAAAUGCUUUAAAAAUUCACUUUUCUCAUAUAGUAGCUAGUAAUCUGAUCUCUGAAUGGCUAAUACACCCCUUACCAUGGAGAUUACAGCAAAUUAGACUGAGAAAAACUAAAAUCUUGGAAUAUUGGAAGAAAGAGAUCCUCUAGUUUGAGGAUUUUUAAAGCUGCUUUUUUUAAGCAUCAAAAGUUUUUUCAAAUGGAACUUUAUUCUGAACUGCAAUAAAUGAUACAGGUAAAAGGGGAGCUGUUCUGGUUGUUGGGGACGUGGGAAGGAAGCAGGGGUUUCUGAAAGAAACCUGUGUGCCUCUUGGCCUCAUUUUUAUACUCGUGGAAAUGGAGGCCAAGCACACAAUGGUUCAUUAGAAGCCAAGGUGGCAUUCUUACAGCUGUUCCCCCACUGUUUCGGUUGUAAGGACACAGUCAUAAAAAUGACAAUUAGCAGGCAUGGUAUACAAAGGGAUUUUCUAUUUCACAGGCUGCAGGGAGGGUGUUUAAGCAUUUCUUGCUCUGGAUGAGCACUUGAUUUAGCUAGAGUAUUGAGUUCUGUGGGCAGUCAUGUGUAAAUCAUAUAGAGUAUUGUAAUAACCUAAUACAUUCUCUGCUAGUGCUCAUGUAGGGGGGUUUCUUUGGGCCAGUAAUUCCUGGGGGUGGGAUUGCUAGCUCAUAGUGUGCCAUUUUCUUUCACUUUUAGUUUCCCUUUGGAGUGGCUGUAUUUCCAUCAGCAGUGUUUGAAAGGGCUUAUGUCCUUACACCUUGCCAAUGUAGUGAUAGACUUUAGCUUUAGCCCAUCUAAUGGGUGAAAAAUAGGAUCCCAUUUUAUUUUACAUUUCCCUAUUUACUAAUGAGAUUGCUCACUUUUUCAUGUGUUUUGGUUGUUUGGCUAAUUGUGAAAAUUGCAUAUUCAUAACCUCUCCUUUUUUUCCUAAUGUCUUUUCCUUUCAUAUUUUGAAGUAUUUUAUGAUGUAGAUCAACACUACAUAAAUAAACUAAUACGAUAACUAUCUGUGGUGAUGGAAAUGUUCUGUAUCUGUGCUGUACAUAAGAUAGUUACUAGCCACAUAAUGGCUAUUGAGCAGUUGAAAUAUGGCUAGUGUGACAAGGGGACUGAAUAUUUAAUUUUAAUUUAAAUAGCCACAGGUGGCUAGUGGCUUUCUUAUUGGACAGCACAGAUCUAGACAUUAAGGCUUAGCGUUGUGUCAGUCCUUUGUCUUUAGGAAGUUACAGAACUUAAUAUCCAUUUAUUGAGUGCGUACUAUAUGCUGUGCACCAACAACAGAUGAAAGAUGAUCUCAGACCUCAAGAACUCCACAGCCUAGUUAGGGAGAGAAACAAGUAGAUGAACCUUAGAGAUGAGCACAGAGAAGGGGCACCUAACCGGAAGGGUUAGGAAGUAAGGUUAAACGUAGGAGAUGGUCCUCGAGCUAAUAACUCUUGGAAUUGAGUAGUAAUUAGCAAAGUGGGAGGGAGAAGAAAAGAGGCAUUCCUGGAGCUUUCUCAGUGCAAAGGCCUGAAGCAAGAGACAGCAUAGCCUGUCCAAGGGACUGCCAGUGGUUCCAUGUGGUUGAAAUACAGCAUGUACUGGAAAUAGGGGAAAUGGGGCUGGACGGGCAGGCAGGGCCUGCCAUAGUGCUGAGAGCAUCCAUGUCUCCUUCAGGAAAGCUCGCCCCUGGAGGGUGACAACUUGGUAGUAACUAAGAACCAAGUGAGGUUCAUGAAAAAGGUGAGAGAGUUUUCCAUAGGGGAAAGCUAAGCAGUUUAGAAAAGAGUGUGGAAAAGAUAAGCAGAUUUGGAUACAGAGCCCUUAAGCCAACAUGUAGCGAGAAAUGAGACCACUUUGGAGUGGGCCUUAAAGUCUAUGGUUAAGAAUUUUCAUUCAGUGCAAAACAGUUGUGAACCAUUCAGCUUCAAAGGAAUGGCACAGUAAAAAUGCCCAUUUGUGUAAGUAAGGGGCAGAAGAGACUGGAAGGUAGGUAGAAAAACAGACUGUUGUGUAGGUUCUUGACUUGGGGUCUGUAUGUAUUAGUUUGCUAGGGCUGCCCUAACUAUCAGACUGGGUGGCUUAACAGAAAUUUACUUUCUCCAAUUCUGGAGGCUAGAAGUCUGAGAUCAAGGUAUUAGUAGCAUUGGUUUCUUCCAAGGUCUGUCUCCAUGGUUGUAGAUGGCCAUCUUCUGGUGUCUUCACAUGUGUCUGAGUCUCCUUUUCUUAGAAGGACAACAGUCAUAUUGGAUUAGAGCCCACCCUAAUGCCCUCAUUUAAACUUAAUUACCUCUUUAAAGACCCUAUCUCCAAAUACAAUCACAUUCUGAGGUACUGGGGGUUAGGGCCUCAACCUGUAAAUUUUGAGGGGACACAAUUCAGCCCAUAACAGAGUCCAUGGAAGAGCUUCAGGGGUUUUGUGAGCCCCCGAGUGUGAAUGCUGAAUUUUGCACAAGUGUGCAUUUGUCUGAGGCAUGUCCACAGAAUGCAUCUGAUUCCUAAAGGGGUUCAUGAUCCCCACCCCCCUAACUGGCUAUUGCAUUAACUGACUCAGGAGGCAGUUAAAGCUGUGGGACAAAAAUGCCUAGAAAUACCAUACGCAUCGAUAAGCAUGAUUUGGUGUUCAAUGGUACAUGAAAAAUGACAGUUGAAGCUGAGUACAGGACUGCAAGUCGUAGUGUGAGGCACUGGAAAUUCUGUUAGAACUGGUAUUGGGAGAAAAGGGGAUUUUUAUUUUUGGGCCUUAUUUGGAUUUCAUGGAAGAUUAUGUAAUUU